UGUUAAAACCUCGCGAGAAUAUUAGCUUAUUGGAGGAGUAAGCACACUGCAAGAUUGGAGUUGCAAGAAAAGACAUCUCCAAAAAGUAACAACUAAAGAUGUCUGGACGGUCAGGUCGCGCGGAGACACGAAGUCGUGCUAAAGAUGAUAUUAAAAAGGUGCUGGCAGCAAUUGAAAAAGUGCGUAAAUGGGAGAAGAAGUGGGUAACUGUAGGAGACACAUCCCUACGCAUAUUCAAGUGGGUGCCUGUGACAGACACUAAACAGAUAUACCGGAGCAAAUCCAUAACUGGAGAGGUUCGAGGUCUAAAAGAUGUGGUGUUGGAAAACACCAGCUCUACCAUGGAUUUCCUAGAUGAAUGCAGCAACCAGAGUUUCCUGUCUGAUGUCUACCAGCCCAAAAUGGACAGCAGCAGCUCAAGCUCCCAGCAUGCCAGUGAGGCAGUCAGUCCUCUUCCUCACACCACAACACUCCGCACGGCCGAAGAUGCUCAACCACCCAUGCUGGGCCAGGAGAGUGUGGACGAGCCAUCCCAGCCAGCACAUGAAGUUGCUGAUGAGCCUCCCACAUUGAUCAAGGAAGACCUGGUUUUGCCCCUUGGUGUUCGAGUAAGAGUUCCAUGCACAGAGGAAGAAGAAGAGGAAUCAGGAGCCCCUCCACUGAAGAAAAUUUACACUGAAAAAAAGUCUGUACUGAGAUAACUAGUUGAUUGGAUGGACAUGCAUGCAACCCAUGCACUCUAUUGAAGGAUUCAAAUGGGACAUAAGAGUAACUGCCCAAAUAAUGGAAACACUUGAGUAAAUGAGGGAUACAAAGUAUAUUGAAAGCAGGUGUUUCCACCCAGGUAUGGUUCCUGAGUUAAUUAAGAAAUUAACAUCCCAUGUGCUUAGGGUCGUGUAUAAAAAUGCCAGGCAGGCCAUUGUUAUGGCCAUUAUUUUGGCUACCAUGGAUAUGUUUUAAAAAAACAUAGUAUGACAAAACACCAAAUUAUGCCAUUUCUUAUGGAAGAAUGGUGUCGCCUUCCUCCAAUAGAUUUCCAGACACUUAUAUAAUCUAUGCCAAGUUGCAUUGAAGCUGUUCUGGCUCGUGGUGGCCCAACGCCCUAUUAAGACAUUGUUGGUGUUUCCUUUAUUUUGGCAGUUAUCCCUACAGACAUUAUUAUAAAAUAUGCAUUUCGUUAAUCAAGUCACUACAAAUGGAAUACGUUUAAAAAAGAAAGUUGAAGUUAUUAUUUUAAGUUGUUUUUUAAAAAUACAAUUUUACUUUCUCAGCUUUGAAAGUAAUUAUAAGCCGUUUAAUGCGUUACAACUGUACAUAGUCGUGCUCAAAAAAAGUGCCUAUCGCUCUGAAAUAUACACUAUAUAUUUAUUUUCUGUCAGACAAGUGUCUCAUAUGUUAUGCUAUUCGUAGAAAUUGCACAGAUCUAAAUAAUUAUGUCCCCUAUUCAAUGAAAUGGGUUUGUUAAUUCUGAGGGAUGAAGUUGAGCAUAUAUUAAUUAACAAUCUGUUGAGUUUCUUUUGUUUCACACGGUUAGCGCUGUUUUGUUAAAUACAUUUAUCCAAGCAGCACAGGAAGUAUGAGGGGAAACUUAUUCCGGUCACUGGAUUUUAUUGAAUAUGGGCUGAAGUUUUUGGAAUAUUUUUUUACAUUUGUACUUCGCUUUGCAAAUAAGAUUAGACAACUGUUUGUCAUGUCUAUCCUUUUUGAUAUACUCUUAUCUUGCUUCUUAAAUGUUCAUAUGGCAUUGGAUGUGACUGGUAUAGCAUGAGUUUGAAUGGUGAACGAGGUUGAAAAGUAGUUAAAGACCUUGUAUUGUUAUUCAGAGAUAAUUUCUUAUGGUCAGGUGGGUCAUGCUCUCAAGUGUUUAUUUUCUGCUGCAAAAGUGAUGCACAUGCUGGAAUAUACCCUGCUCCAUAGUAAAAUAUGGUUGAUAUUGUG